AUGGCCGCUACUCAAACGACAACGAUAGAAACGGUUAGCGUUGUCCGACCAUUAAAGGUGAUCUCACUAAUCUGCCUAUGCAUCGCCAUAGCGCUCUCCAUAGUUUCACUCUGUUCAACAUGGUGGCUGCGUUCAGGCUCCUUCCGGACUGGACUGUUCCUGGAAUGUACAUCAUCCAGUGAGCCGUCACAUGCAGCUCCACUUCGGGAAGCUCCACUACCCGGAAAAUGUCAUGCACCGGCUAGAGAUAGUGGCUACAUCAAAGCGGUUGCCGCACUGAUGAUUAUCGCGUUGAUUUUCACCGCAGUGGCAUUUUUCCUGAACAUUUGCGGUCUCAGCAAGUCCGACAUUCGACGGAAGUACAUCUUCUACAAGUUCGCCACCUACUUAGCUAUACUUGCAGUCCUUCUGGAAUUGACCGCGUUGAUUGUGUUUCCGGCGUGUUUCUACGUGAAAAUGAAGGAGUACGGAUCAAGGAGAGAUUGGGAGGUUGACUGGUCCUACGGUCUUGCCUGGGGCGCCACUUUGUUCACAUUUGGUGCCUCCUUGUUAUUGAUCUGCGACAAAGAACAUGAAGAAGUUUACUACAAGGAGAAAACUAUCUACAAUCCACCACCGGAGUUAAUGAACUAA